UUCAUGCUUAGCAAUCCUUUUCAUUAGUUUUGCUUUGUCGCCUGCCAAGUGUCAUCAUCAUCAUCAUUUAAGUUUGACAGUGAUUUUUUUCAUUUCAUUUACUCCCUUCAACCAUAUCAUCCGUUGUUGUUGUUGUUGUUGGCAACGAAAUAUCAUCUCAACAUUGAAGAAAUAAACACCCCAAUGUCAUUAUAACAUCACCAUCAUCAACUAAUCAUUGAUUUGAUUUGUCAUCUUUAUUCUUUGAUUCAUUUUUUUUGGAUUUUAACCUCAAACACACCAUGGCUUCCUUUGUUGAUUUUUUUAGUAAAUCGAAAAAAGUAGGCAAUUAUAAAAAUACAUUUAGACCGAAGAAAAAAUUCGAACCCGGAACAUUAAGAUAUUCAUUACAUAAACAAGCAAUUGCUAGUCUUAAUUCGGGUAUUAAUCUUCGUGAGGUUGUUAAACUACCACAAGGCGAAGAUCUAUGCGAUUGGAUAGCCGUACAUGUUGUUGAUUUUUUUAAUCGUAUCAACCUUAUUUAUGGUAUUGUAACCGAUUAUUGUACGGAUGAAUCAUGUCCACGUAUGUCCGGUGGUCAUAAAUAUGAAUAUCUUUGGGCUGAUGGUGUUAAUUAUAAAAAACCUGUACCAUUACCGGCAAAUAAAUAUAUUUCAUUAUUAAUGGAUUGGAUUGAAACACAAAUCAAUAAUGAAUCAUUAUUUCCAACCAAAAGUGAUGUACCAUUUCCGAAAACAUUUUUGCCAACAUGUAAAAAAAUUCUUGCCCGUUUAUUUCGUGUAUUCGUACAUGUUUAUAUACAUCAUUUUGAUCGUCUAAUGGCGGUUGGUGCUGAAGCUCAUUGUAAUACAUGUUAUAAACAUUUUUAUUAUUUUGUCAAAGAAUUUGAUCUUGUCAAUGCUAAAGAAUUUGAACCAUUGGCUGACAUGACAAGAAGAUUAUGCGAUACAAGUCGUGGAUUACAGAUUAAUUUGACUAGCUGUGGUGGUAGUAGUAAUAAUGGUGAUUACGGAUCGUCACAUCAUAAUCAUCAUCAUCAUCAACAACAUCAUCAUAAUAAUAAUAAUGAUAAACAUCAUCAUCAUAGUAACAGUAGUAGUAAUAUUCAUAAUAAUAAUAAUGAUAAAAAUGCUGGAUGACGCCCACGCACAUUCGAACACUUAUUUUAUUCGCCCAUUUUGUAAUUUUUCCAUCAAGAAAAAUAACGCAUUCGUCCAUACCAUUCUCCCGAUGAUGACUAUGUAAUGGUCAUAUGUUAAUGAUAA